AGAGACGUUAACGGAAAUGGCUAAUGAGCAAGUGGACGCAGCUGGGCCGGAAAAUUCAAAUCUCCCGCCAGGUCCUCUGAUUGGAGGAGAGGAGGAGAGGGCGGGAAGCGGGGAGGGGAAGGAAGCCCCCCCCCAGACCGAAACAUCCAGUGAGGGGGGGGAGAUGCUAACCGAAGGCGGAGCUAGCUCGGACUCUGAGGAAGAACAGACGGACAGCAGCGAUGAUGCCCACCUCCCCGACGCCCAGCUGGCUAAGAGGCCGGCAUCUGAGUCACCUCCCGACCUUACCCCCAAGGACCGGGAACCAGUGACUCCAGUGCGCGGCCUCCUGUAUGGAGACGCCUCCACCGUUUGGCGCAACGUGAGCCGUCCCGUCCUUCCAAACAGACUCCAGGACCUGUCAUGGAUGGUGGCUCAUGGGAUCCUGCCGGUCAGAGCCGUUAUGCACUCCCGCGGCAUGUCUGCAACGACCAUCUGCCCCCGACCCGGUUGUGGCGCGCCGGAGUCGGUGAGGCACCUGCUGUGGGAGUGCAGCGCUGCUGUGGACCUGUGGGCGAAAGCCGGCUCCUUGCAAUUCCCACACUUGCCAGCAAGGGAGGUCCUCCAUGCACAGCUAGCGCUGUAUGGGUGAGCCAGCAGAAAAUGACUAAAAAGGACUUCGCUGUGAGGUGGCUCACCCCAGCCACCAUCAAAGACGCCAUUUGGACCUCCAGAAACUUGCUGGUGAGCAGGCGCAGGCAGAUGCCCCCCGUGGCUGUGAUCCGGAUGGCAGCAGCAACAAGAACAACAUCAAGGGCUGCAGGUGGCGCGCCAAGGACACAGCCACCAAGAAGAAUCGCCUGCGCCUCAGUGGACGAAGGAGCCGGCGCUACACGAAAAGAGGUCCAAGCAGCGGCGGCCUGGCUCUCCGGGUGAGGCAGGAGGGAAGGAGCUUCAGGGCAGGAUCCCCUCUGAGCACCAAGCGCUGUCUGGAAGGUCGAGACGGCUCCGGACUUGGGAGGGAGUCACCCCGGUCCUGCUCAACUUUUAACCCACAGAGUUUUUCUGUUUUAUA